UUUUGUUAUUUAUUUAUCUUUCAACAAUCUUUAUUUUUAGAAUAUUUUUUUAUAAAAAUGAGUACCUUCUUUAGCAAUAUAAAAUCAACUAUAGCCAAUGUAGAAAAUAAAAUUGCUUCGUUUAACAAAAAGGAAGAAGAAUGUGAAAUACAAAAAUUGGAAGAAAAUGUUGGCAAAGUGACUGAAGAAAAUGAAGAAAUUAAAAAAGAGGGGGAAGAGGAAGAGGGAAAGAGUUCUUCUAAACCUUCACUUUUUGCUAAUAAAAUGUUUGGAAUGGCUAUUAAGGCUUCAACAAAAAUACAGGAAGAAGCAAAGAAUUUUACACCAUUGAAAAUUAUUGGUAAUUUUGAAAAAGAACGACAAAAAUUUAUUGACGAAUUAGAAUCUGAAAAAAGAACAAAAAUGGAAGAUUCAAGUCAAUUAUGUCUUUUACUCGACAAUAUAGAGGCAAAGAGGCAUAUUAUUUCGAUUUCAAGUGACACAAAAAACUUUACUGAGGACCUGCCAAUUUCUUCUGAUAUUGGAAUUGAAGUUGAGGAGAUUAAAACAAACGCUAAAGAAUUUUUUAAGUUGGAUCCUCGUUUAGAAGAUGUUCGGUUUGAAUUGGUGCCAAAAAGAAUCACAGAAGCAAAAUUCUGGCAAAAUUAUGCCUAUAAAUUAUCUCUAGUGAAGAAAGUACUGGGGGACAAACAGCCUGUUGUUGAACCAAAUAUAGUCCUAAAUAUUCCAGAAGAGGCUAAAACAAGUGCAAUAGAUGGAAAAGAGCAAAUAAAAGAAUCAACAACAAAUUUGGAACAAGAAGAGGACGAUUCGUUAGAAAAAGAUUUAUUUGAGGAUUUUGAUGAAUUUGAAGUAGUUAAUGGAAAUUGUGGUAAUGGAGGAAAGAAGGAAGAAGACGAAAAUAAAUUAAUUGUGGAUGAUGAAUUAAAUGAUGAAAUUAAUGCUUUAUUGGAAGGUGAUAAGUAAAUUAA